GCAAUGUCUGGUAUAAUGUUUAUGCACAUAGAGAUGACUCUGCAGUCAAGAUGGCCAAUAGAGAUAUUCAAACACUCUUGAAAGGAUAUGAAUCGUUUGAAGCUCAAUGGGUUCUUGUUGCCACAUGGGACAAAGUUCCUAAUUAUCCUGAUGGUUGUUAUUCAUACUACAGUUGGUGGUGGUGGUGUUACAGAGAUGAAUACACAGGCUUGAGAAAUACGUUUCAGGCUGUAUUGGCUACUGAUGGUCUUAGCUCAUUUGCAAUAUUCAACUACAAUUGUAGUGAUUUGCAGUGGUCUGGGAGAUGGUCAAAGGGUGUUGUUGGAUACAACGCUGAAGGAGGGACACACUAUGAGAAUCACAGACUAUCCCAAUAUGACCAGGUGACAACGAUUGAUUGUGAUGUUUCGGCAUCAAAUGUAGGCAAACAAGGGAAACUGGUCUACACUUUGCAUCUCGACCCUUCAAUUAUUGCAGUAGCUAGACGCGAUUGCUUAGUGUGGUUUGAAGAGGAUCGAGCAAGAGAAGAUCUGUCUUGGGCUGCAGAUCUUGAACCCUGUCCUUGUAGUCGGUGGCAAGCUUGGUGGGACAGACGGUUUAGAUUUGAUUGGUUUUCUUUCUGUGCUUACUCUACUUUCCCGUCAAACAGUGGCAGCAGACAACAGUGCUGCUAUUCAACAGAUUGGUUUUCGUGGGGUAGUCUCUUGGUUGGUCCUCGUUAUGGAGGCUCGGCACAGCGAUACGAUCCAUCAGUCAAUUAUCUAUUACAUUACCAACUUGAUGAUAAACCACGUAGAGAUUGCUGUCGUGUUGGCAAUUUAUGCCAUUUGUACUACCAGCGAAGACCAUCGCAUGACUGUACAGGUUAUGUACCACAAAGGAGAGCCUGGUUUUGGGGAGACCCACACAUUACCACACUGGAUGGUAAACAGUAUACUUUCAAUGGCUGGGGAGAAUACAUCACCAUGAAAACUGUCAAUGACACUUUUGUACUUAUGGGCCGAACAAGGCCUGCUAACGGAUCGAGUGCGACUGUUUUCUCAGCAUUUUCUAUGGCCGAGUUUUAUCCUUCUAGUGGGUUUGAGAGUCAAACUCCGAAGUCAGAUAUUGUACAUGUGGAGCUUUCCGACGUUAACUCGUUAGUUGUCAAGUAUCACUCUGUGGCACCUAACAACCAGUCGGAUUGGCAAGACAUCAGCAGCAAUGUUACAGAAUUAGACAAUUCGACGAGUUUAGAUCUUCACAUGGUGUCGAUUUCCAAACCGAUGACAAAAUCUAUUACAGCAACGCUCCCACUUGGUGUAUCAGUGACUGUCGAAGCAAAGAAGGGAUUGCUGUCUGUAGUGUUUGCUGGCCCUGACGAGCAGCGUGGUGAAACUCGAGGACUGUUGGGAGUUUGGAAUGGAAACAAGGAUGAUGACUUUGUAUUCAGGAAUGGAACCAUUCUUUCUGCUAAUGCUACGGACAGAGAAAUACACCAGUUUGGGCAAGACUGGCAGAUAACCUUACAGGAGAGUCUAUUUUACUACAAGAUGGGUGAAAAUGUGUCAACCUUUUCAUAUCCUGAUCAUUUGCCAGUUUUCCCAGAUGAGAUUCCUAUGAGCAAUUUUACAACAGAACAAAUUUCUCUUUGUGGUGUUGGCAAUACAGCAUGUCUCUAUGACUUCCUACAGACAGGAGAUGCUGAUAUUGCGAGCGAGACCAAGCAGACAGAUGAGGACAACAAAGCUCUUUCUCAGAAUUUAGUGAACAACCCACCAAAGCUGUUUGGGAAUGCAACAUUUCGUGUUCAUAUCAACACGUCUUCCACCUAUUUGUUUUCUGUAUCCGAUCCUAAUGACACGUAUGUUGUAAAUCUCAGAGGAAGUCUGCCUGCUUCUUCCGACUAUUCUUUAUCUCAUGAUGGGGAUGCAUACAACUUCACAUGGACACCGACAUCUUUCUCUCCUGUUCGGCUCCUCUUUAUUGCAAAUGACUCACUUGGAUCAACGGCUAUUCUUCAUCCAGAGGUUCGUAUCUGUGGCUGUGCACUCGACUUGAAUGCCACUUGCGUUGAAUCGAGUAAGGAUGGUGGAGACGAUUUAUUUAUUAUACAAGACUGCAAAUGUGGAUCUGGAUGGGAAGGACAGUUCUGUGAUCGAGACAUGGAUGGAUGCGAAGAAAUCAAUUGCUUUGAAGGUGUGGAGUGUUUUGACAACGUUGCACCACUGACUGGUGCCAAUUGUGGACCAUGUCCAAGUGGCACUCAAGUUAGUGAUGGCAAAUGUGUUGAUAUCAACGAAUGCAAUUCAACUAACACUCCUAAUGGUGGGUGUGAACAGAAAUGUGUGAAUCAGUUGUUCAGCUUCAAUUGCGAAUGCGAUUCUGGUUUUCGUCUGAAUCAAGAUAAGAAAUCAUGCUCAGACAUAGACGAAUGUGAAGAGUUCGAUUCUUGUCACCAAACUUGCAACAACACAGAAGGCUCUUUCUUUUGUGGUUGUGAAAGUGGAUUUACACUGAACAGUGAUGAUACCAGAACGUGCGAAGGUGAUUGCCUCGUUUCAUCAUUAUUUGUUUCACAUACUGAAUUUGUGAUCAUAUUUCAGCUGACAACAAGUGUGUCAUGCCGAAUAAUUGUAUGCAAGAUUGUGCUGUAAUAAAAAGUGUAGACGUAUGCUUUUGUAAGCAAGGAUAUCGUUUAGAGAAUAUGGUGAUGUGUGAUGAUAUAGACGAAUGUUUGGAGAACAAAGACGAUUGUGAUCAACUGUGUAUCAAUAACAACGGCUCAUUUGUUUGCCAGUGUUCUGUAGGAUAUCGCCUCCAACUAGAUGGAAAGUCUUGUCAAG